CUUGACGUGACCGUCCAGCCCAGAGCGCAGUUUCUCCUCCCAGAGCUCCCAGUCUGACUGAGAGCGGCUCCGGACUCUACUGGCUUAUUUCCCGGGACACAAACCUGCAGAGACCCCAGAGACCAGAACAGCGACCAGAAACCAGACCGGAUCGGAGAUGACCAGCUGUUGUCUGUCCCAGCUGUAGGUCAGUGAUGGCCACGGUGUUUCCUGGACGUGGAGGAGACGACGUCAGAUCCAGACUCCAUGUUGGUCGUCAUGGCCUCGCUGGAUGGAAGCACACCGGUUGAGACGCUUCUGGCAGCGAUCCAUCUGGAGAGGUACCUGGACACCUUCCGUCGAGCUGGUCUCCUGUUGGCUAGAGACUUCACACACCUGGAUCAUGACGCCCUUGUCAGUCUGGGUAUAACCGCCACAGGACACAGGAAGAGAAUCCUGCGAUUGGUCAUUCACAUUCAGAGGGCAGAAGCUCAAAGAGCCAAUCAGAAAGCAGUUACAGAUCUCCCACGUGACCGCUGUCAGUCUGUGACUGAAAUUACUUCAUCAGAGCACGGUCGCACUGCUGCAUCGCCCCGUUGGUCCACAGGUCCCAUUAACUUCGAGGCAUCCAGGAACAGUUCGGCUCCGAACCUUUCCGCCAUGCUGACGAACUCAGAAUCCAGCAGCAGCAGAGCUGUGGUGAAGCCGGUUCCCAAACCCAGAACUGUUUUCAAUCGCCGCAGGACUGCACCCAUCCACUUCUGUCCAACACCAGACCCUGUACCGCCCCCACCCAGGAGGCUCUCUCAGGAGUCCAUAUGUUUUACUGCGUUAGAGGGUUUGAGUUUAGGGGAGACACCCACACAUGACGACAGGUUGACCUCUGAUCUCAUCGACAAUUCGACCACGCCCAGCAGAAGACCAAGCCAGAAGGAGAGGUCAAGGCCCAGUCGGAGCUUGUCUCUGUCAGACACUGGAGGGUUCUUACCUCCAGUUCCCCCAAGGCUGAACCGCGGGGUCCCCCCGUCAAUAUUCCAGGGGUCCCCGCCAUCUUCUUCUUCUUCUUCACCUGUACGAACAGAGCAGAACCGGACUGUGUCCUCCCUGACUUCCUGUCCUGGUAGUCUUGACGGUAGCAGGCUCUCUGGAUCCUCAACUUGCAGUUCACCUAGAGGAGGUGGGAUGGAGAUGGUCUCUAAUGAGAUCUACUGGGGCACUUUACCCGGAGCUACGGCCCCCAGUGGAGGGAGGAGUUACUGCAGCCAGCAGUCGGCUCCUCCGACCCCACCUCGACAAACUCCGGAGAGAAACAGUGGCAGCACUUUAAGUAACAACUCUUCAGGAUCAGCCAGAGCUUCGACAGAUGACCCUGAAGAGGAGAUCAGCCCGUACUGUGAAACUGUGUUCCAAACCAGAAGAAAUCCACACAUCUGUGAGAGUGAAAGAAGCAGAAUGGAAGGAAGAGAGGUGAGGAAGGAUGAGGAGAAACAUGCAGAGGAUCAUGGGUGUCAGAAGUUCUCCUGGACAAAGCGUUUGUCUCAGGCUCUUCACUCCAGAGACUCUCAGGGUUAUAGCACCGUUGGAGAACCUCCAACCCCCCUCCGCUACCUCUCUCUCCCCCCCCACACCUUCCUCUCUGAGACCGACGAGGACAUGACCAUCUCCCCCUACGCCAGCUACACCUCCCUGACCGAGAGAGCUCCACCCAUCAUCAGCGGCUGGCUGGACAAGCUGUCUCCGCAGGGGAACUAUGUUUUCCAGAAACGCUAUGUGAAGUUUGACGGCAAAAACCUGAUGUAUUUCGGCAGUGAGAAGGACGUCUACGCUAAAGGAGUGAUCCCAUUGGCUGCUAUCCAGAUGGCCCGCCCAGCCAAAGACAAUAAAUUUGAAAUAGUGACGAGUCAGAGGAUCUUUGUUUUCAGGACUGAUAAUGAAGUGCUGAAGCGGCGGUGGGUUUCCACGCUGCAGGAACACGUCAGAGAUCAGCUGGUGUUUGGCAGGCGGCGUUUCGGUCCUGGAUCUCACUGUCAGAGACACGGGACCCUGGAACUGAAAGGAACCAAGUCCAAAGUGUAUGCCGCCAUCAACACGGAUCAGAUCUGGCUCUACAAGAGUGAACAGUGUUUUCGUAACGGAAUCGGCAUCACAGUGAUAGAAGCUCGAGGAGCAACAAUCAGAGAUGGAAAACACAAGAGCUUUGACCUCAUCACGCCGUACAAAACCUUCAGCUUCACGGCGGAGUCGGACCGGGAGAAGCGGGACUGGAUGGAGGCCCUGCAGGAGUCGAUCGCCGAGACUCUGUCGGAUUACGAGGUGGCCGAGAAGAUCUGGUCCAACCGAUCCAACAGGAUGUGUGCCGACUGCAAGGCCCUGAAUCCUGACUGGGCCUCCAUCAACCUGUGUGUGGUCAUCUGCAAGAACUGUGCAGGGCAGCACAGAGGUCUGGGCACGAUGGUCUCUAAAGUUCAGAGUCUGAAGCUGGACACCAGCGUGUGGAGCAACGAGAUCGUCCAGCUCUUCAUCAUGCUGGGGAACGACCGGGCCAAUGAUUUCUGGGCGGCUCGUCUGUCUCUGUCGGAGGAGUUGGACUGCGACGCCUCACCUGAACAGAGGAGAGAGUUCAUCAACCGGAAAUACAGAGAGGGACGAUACCGCCUCCCCCACCCUGCAUUCAGCAGCCAGGAGGAGCUGCUCAAGGUCUUGUGUUCGGCGGUCUCUGAGCAGACUCUUCUGAAAACCGUCACUCAGAUCUUCUUGGAGGCGGAGUCAGUUCGUCUAACCGACGACUCCAACGGCUGCCAACGACACCAUCACCCGCUGGAUCACUGCACCGUGUCAGACCCCAGUGUGUACGAUGAGAUCAUGCAGCCUGUUCUUCACUCUGGGUACCUCUACAAGUCCGGCUCCGCCAACAGAGGAACGCUGUCCAGAAAAACUCGAGAAGACUUCCAGAAGUUCUGGUGUUCGGUGGAUCAGUCUCUGGUCUUCUACGAGUCGGACCGGUCAGGUGACCCCUGCAUGCAGAUCAGUGCUAAAGACAUCGUUUGUUUGGGAGUCAGCCGACCCGACUCCUCCAACAGCAACAACGGAUUCAUCGACAGGUUUCGUCACACCUUCGAGUUGUAUCUGACUUCAGACAAACUGUAUUACUUUGGUUUGGAGACGGCCGACGCUCUGCACAGCUGGACCAAAGCCAUCGGGAAGGCUGCGACUCCGCUCAGCUGUCACUGUCUGCUGACCCGGGAGUUCGAGCGGGUCGGUCUGCUGCGGUACAGAGCCAUGUUGGACCCUCAGCAGUGGAAGGAGGCCUACUUCGUCCUGCAGAAGUCUAACCUCUUCAUUUGUCCCCGAAACGACGGAGCAGCAGAGGACAUCAUCAACCUGAACCGCCUGCAGGAGCUAAGUAUCACCUCCGAGAACGAGAACCACGAGAAGAAAGACAUCCUGGUUUUAGUAGAAAAAGGAAGGACUCUGCACCUGCAGGGGGUUUGUCGGACAGACUUCUCUCUGUGGUACUCAGACAUCCAGCGAGCAGCCGGUGGUAAAGGAAACACUCUGAGAGAACAACAGCUGAGCAGAAACGACAUCCCCAUCAUCGUGGACAGCUGCAUCGCCUUCAUCACUCAAUACGGUCUGGGCCACGAGGGGAUCUACAGGAAGAACGGCGCCAAAUCCAGGAUCAAACUGCUGAUGGAAGAGUUUCGCAAAGAUGCUCGAAACGUCAAACUGCGGAUCGGAGACCACUUCAUCGAGGACGUGACGGACGUCCUGAAGAGGUUCUUCAGAGAGAUCGAAGACCCCAUCUUCAUGGCCGACCUCCACCCACUGUGGCAGGAGGCUGCUAAAGUUCCUCAGAAGAGGCAGAGGUUGGACCGUUACAAAGAAAUCAUCCGAAGUCUUCCUCGAGUCAACCGGACGACUCUGGCUGCUCUCAUCAGUCACCUGUACAGGGUCCAGAAGUGUGCCGAUCUGAACCAGAUGUGCACCAAGAACCUGUCGCUGCUGUUCGCUCCCAGUCUGUUUCAGACUGACGGGAAAGGGGAACACGAGGUGAAGAUCGUAGAGGAUCUGAUAGACAACUACCUGUACGUCUUUGAUAUCGAUGAGGAGCAUCAGACUCAGAUUGAGCUGGAAAUCAGCCUCAUCACCACCUGGAAGGACACCCAGCUGUCUCAGGCCGGUGAUCUGAUCAUUGAAGUUUAUCUGGAGAUGAAGAUACCAGACUGCUGCAUCACUCUCAAAGUGUCUCCCACCAUGUGCGCUGAGGAGCUGACCAAUCAGGUUCUGUACAUGAGGAACAUCCCAGCUGGAGACAAAGACGUCUGGAUGACGUUUGAGGCCAUCGAGGACGGACAGCUGGAGCGUCCGUUACACCCCAAAGAGAAAGUCCUGGAGCAGGCCCUGCAGUGGUGUAAGAUGGCCGACCCCAGCUCGGCCUAUCUGGUGGUGAAGAGAGUUCCUAGGGGAGAAGGCAUCACCCUCCUCACCUCCUAUAAGAGUGAGAUCAUGAAGAUCGGUCUGUUGAGGUGUCGUGAGGAACCUCCGAAGCUCCUCCAGGGGAACAAGUUCCAGGAGAGAACGUUCCAGAUCAAAGAGCACAAGCUGCUGCUGCUCAAAGACAAGAAGAGCAUCAAGCCAGAGAAGGAGUGGUCUCUGAAGUCCAUGAAGAUCUACAUCGGCAUCCGCAGGAAGCUGAAGGCUCCGACCAGAUGGGGUUUCACAGUCAUGUCAGAUAAACACCAGCUGUUCCUGUGUUGUAGCUGUGAGGCCGACCUGUGGGACUGGAUCACCAGCUUCCUCAAAGCUCAGAACGAUGACCCUGGUCCUCCGGUGUUGAGGCGUCACUCCUCGUCAGAUAUCUCCAAACAGAAGUUCGGCACGAUGCCGCUCGUCCCCAUCAGAGGAGACGAGAGCAACAGCAACAUGCUGUCGGCCAAUCAGACGCUGAGAAAGUUACAUGACAGAAGGACUCUCUCCAUGUACUUUCCCAUGAAGGUGCAGCAGGACUCGUUCGAGGAGCGUUCAGACUCUCCUGACCUCCCUGAGCCGCUCUACGAGGAGGUCGGAGACUUCGGCCUGCAGGUCCUAAAAUCUCUGGAGACCAGCUUCCUGUCUGGCAGCGCUGCAGAGACCCAGGAGGUCCCGAAUCACCCGCCGCUCAGGCUAGUUCCCGUGGAAGCUGGACAUCCUGAUCAGAUGAUCGUCCCCGACCAGGUCCGGACGGUCAGCGGCUCUGUGGAGACUCUGGAGCAGAGCAGCAGCAGUGGAGGUGGAGGAGCUGACGGAGACGCAGACUGCAGUUCUCCGGACUUGAACGCCCCCCAGCAGCCUUCGUUGAGGGGGAGGCUGCAGCUGCAGGGAGUCUGUACGCCGUCCCAGGAACUGCUGCUGCAGGAGCUGUCGUCUGCUUUCACCAAGAAGACUGAAGAGGAAGAGGAGGAGGAGGAGGAAGAGGAGGAGAGGCCGUAUGAUGUCUGAGGAACUAGACUGAAGAGGUUUUCAUUACAGCAGAGCAAAAUCUCUCAAAGUGGAUCCAGAGUCUGGUGGAUUCGGGGGGAGCACAUCUGGGAAAUCUCUUCUUUAGGUUUGAGACGGCACCGGCUCAAUGAAGUGUCUCCGAGGUUUUUACCAUCUGAACAGCAGAGAAGAAAAACAGGAGGAACCUGUUAAAGGGCAGCGUCGGUCCAUCCCUGUACCAGGAGGGACAGACAUGUCUUCACAGAAGGGACAGAAAGAUAAACAAAUUACUCAGAUUGCUCUGAGGGAACCACCUGCACUGCCCUGCCAAGACAAAAUAUAUUAACCACGUUUUACACAUUACUACUGAUAACAUCCAUAUCUUAGCUUCUGACGGGUGAGUGAAUAUGAUUUAAAGAUGGUUUAACGUAGUAGAUUCAUCUGAAAUGUUAUUAGUACAAACAGCGGAUGAGCAGACACAAAGCAGAACAGGAGCAGUGGUUCUCCUCCGAGCCGCUCGCCCUGUCUCUGAGGCUGAGCCCACUUGUAUCUGGGACCCCGUUGUUGGUCACUGCCCAGACCGUGACCUUCUGUGAGGCCUGGAACAUGGAGUAGCCACACACUGGAUUGGAGCUCCCAGCAAAGUUUCAUUUGACUGGACAUUUUGACCUUGUCCAGUCUUCAGCAGGCCAACGUCCAACAUGGCAAAGAGCGAACUGAUCGAAAACAAAAACACCAUCGGUGUCUGAAAGAAUCAAGUCCCAGCAUGCACUGCAGAAUGAUCACAUCCUGCGGAUCUCAUGCUCUCUUAUUCUCACUGGCGAGUACCGUGGUCUCAGAUGUGGUUUUCUGGAAACUAUAAAUACUCCAAAUUUAUUUUCUUAAAGCAGCUAGAAUCUUUGCUUUCUGCCGUUUCCUGGGAAGGACAAAGUCUUCGGACUAGAAAGGCAAAGAAAAACAAGGGAUCACAGUUGAACCGUUGCACAUUUUGAUCAGCCUGAAAACUUAAACCCCGUUUUCUUAUGGUCGCUCCGUCUGUAGUUACUGCUGACUAACUCCAGGGGGCAGCGCAGUGCCGUCAGAGGUUUUUACAGUGAAACAGUUUGUCCUGCUGUGACAGAACAGUUUAAUGAAUUUAUCAGAUAAAACACAACCAACCUUCAAGUCUCAGUCCAAGAUCCAACCAGACUGGAUUGAAUGUGUGGGGUGUGGAGGAAACGAUGUAGUAAUUCAAAGAUAUAAACGACUAAAUGAAGAGACGAAAUCAUUAGAUCGAACAGCUGAGUUAAUACUUCUAGUGAUAACUGAGGGAACAGAUUUGCUCCUGGCUCCUGCUGUUUCAGACUCUGCAGAUUCUAAAGUCUAAAAAUGAGGAUUCAGUUUCAGUCUUCUGGUCGUCAGGAACAUCUGAUGGAGACGUUUACGGACACGUCCAGCGAGCUGCAUCCGGGCGGGAGUCCAACCACAGACUCCGAGAGAAGAACAGAGCCCAACAAUGUCAGAGCUGAUGUCGGAAAGUAGAAAUAAAAGAAAGGAAACGGAGAGAUGGAGAGUUUUCGGCAAGCUGAGGAUGGAGCAGCGGACGCCGUGAUUGGCUGAGAGGUCACCUGACCCACUUCCAUACCGAGGACGCUGUUUUUGGUUUUGCUGCCGAACAGCUGAGGUGAAGCUGCCGGUGGAGCAGACGGUGGAGUUUGGUAGAAAGAGAAGGAUCCAGCAGAUGAACAGGCUGAAGCUGAGUGUUUGUGUCAGGAUGGAAAACUCUCGCCCAUAUUUCGUCACCUUCUGAUGGUAACGUUGCUUCAUUUCUAGUGUCCUACUGCGACGACAGCAGUCCAGGACAUGCUGUAUAUAGUUGGGACACGGAAACAGAGCGCGGGGAAAUCAGUGUUUGGAGGCUCUGGUCGACUUCUUCCACUCUUUCUGCACUGUGGCUAUAAAUCUGCAGCUCAGCAGACUUUGCCGAAGUCAGUCCUCCACAGAUUUGUCACCACUGCGCUUUUAUAACACAGUCAGACUCGAAAUCGAUGCAUCAGAACCAGAUACCGUCAUUUUUAUUCCACACAUUCUUCCUCUUUGUCAAAACCUAGUGCCUACGUUACCCACAAUGCACCCGGUCCUCUGCCAGUUGGGUGGGAGAUUGCGGUGUGUUACGCUGGUAGGGGCCAAAGUAUCCCGGGGCGUGUAGCAGAGAUCGGGGGGGUACCGCUGUCCGGUCAGCGCCCUUCUUUCUAACUCCACACCCCCAGAUUUUUUUACUUUCAGACUCGUGGUCUUCAGACCCGACCCGCGCUGACUUGGGUGACCUCACCUGAGGACAUUUAUCAGAUGUCACACAGCUCCCUCUAGAGGCACUAAAGGUUUAAUACAGCUGGAGUCCUUCAGAAAAAUGACCCUCUAAAGGGUGUGUGUGUGUGUGUGUGUGUGUGUGAUGGUUUGUUUUAGGAUGACGUGAUGUUGAUCCGGCUCAACAGAAACGUUGAUGAUAAAUCUCAUUAAACGUCAUACGACGUCACAGGUGAGGGAGUAACUGGAACUGGGUCAAAAUACAAGGAAACCAGCUCAACUGUGUCUGGUCUCCACCAGCUGCUGAGGGAAACAUCUGGCUCUUCAGCUGCUAAACGCUCCACCGUGUUCACCAGCUGGUCUCUGGCUGGGUCUGUCUGCUGGUUGCUGCCGAGCAGGAAGCGGACGGUGGCUAUUUAGAGCUGUUUCCUCCGAAAAGGGCGCUGUGAGAGCGGCGAGCCUGAAGGGAGAAACAAUGAGCCGCGACGCACUGUAAAGCUCCGUGAAGCCGAGGGGAGCCGGUUCAGGUUCAGCUGAUGAUUCUGCAUCAGGUCUGAACCUGAAUAUCGGUCGAGUCUUCAAACGAGAACAACUGGAUUAGAUUAAACUCACAAGGAUUAGAUUCAUGUUUUGUAGACGUUCUCUACUGUAAAGAAACAAAUUGAAAGUCUAAAAAUACAUCUCUACAAGAUACUCUACAACAUACCUGUCAUAACUUCAUAUCUGUAUAAACACAUGUUAUAGAUGUUUAUUACAUAAGCUAGAUGUUACUGUGCAGUGGAACUGCUGACUGGUUGCGCUGGUUUCACCUGUAGAAAGCCGGAGUUUGACCUCUGGUCUCUGGGGUCAUUUUCUUGUACAUAUUCAUGUGUUUAAUAAGUUAGUGGCCUUCACCCCGACGCUGUCUCUGUACUCUAACACGGGGGAGUUUCUAACCAACCUGUUGAUUAAUUGCAUUUACUCCAGAUUUAUUCCUUAAGAGCUGCUGUGGCUCAGUGACAUCACUGGAUUUUAUUAUUUCACAUUUGUUGCAGCCUCUUUAUGUGUUUAUUUAUUUUAUUAAACCAUUAAUGUUUAAACUGUGACGGGAUGUGAUGUUCAGAAGGAGAUUUCCCUGCAGAGCAUCUUCACUAAAACCACGACCAAUUUAAAUUUUCACCUCAGCAAUGAUAAGAAAGAGGAGAAAUAAAUGUACCCGAAGUAAAAAAAAACAAAAACAAAUCACCGUUUCCCUCUGAGCUGUGGGGGAGGAAAAGUGUCCGGACUGGAGGAGGAUUUCAUCUCCCCGUCCACCAGUCCUCCCAUAACACAGUCUCAGUGGUUCCAGUGUGACUCUAACGGUGGUCAGACUGGUCUGAUGGUGGUUAACGUGUAUAUAGAUGUUCAGGAUCCGUCUGUUGUACAUUCUUCUAUGAAGCUGUUUGUCUCCUGAUUGUUCUGGAAAGUUUCAUGUACAUGAAGGAUGAUAUUAAAAUAUAUUUUGGUUCAUAA